UUGCUCUAUGGACUCAAGUGGAGUCGCUUCUGGAUUCCGAGCACGGGGAAGCGGGGCUGUGAGGCGGAGGCAGGAGGCUGGGUGGUGCAGUGGAUGCGGCUUGGGUUGGCAUCUAUUGUCAGCCUUUCCUUGCUGACUGGUGGGGAGCAAGCAAGGGCAAGGUGUGAGUCUUUGGACCCCCUGUGAAUGAGGACAUGCCUCAUAAAAUGAAUGUGAGGACUAAAUGAGGCACGGCAGGCAAAGGACUUAGUAAGUGCUCACUAAACACCGUUACCGUUCUGGAGCUGCCACCCACCCUAGGGACCCUAAUAAGUCCCUCGAUAUUUUCUAGUUUUAAUUUAUCCAAAGCUGUGGCAGUGGUAAUCCGACUCUGGCCACCGUGUGGGUUUUUGUCUGCCUUGCCGUGGUUGGGCCAGAUAGACCCUGUCGCCUGGGUCCUGAGAGUGAAAGCCUCCAGGUCUUCAGCCACCCUGUCCCAUGCACAGAAAUCCAGGGUCAGUUUUCAGGGCGGCGCCACCCAAGUAUACCGAGGCAGGAGAAGGAGGGUGUGUCAUCCCUGUAUCCCCACUGCGGUAACGGGCUCUCCUUAGUGUCUAGGGGAUAACCCUCAGACUUUCCAUGGUGGUUGAGUCUUCAGUCCCAUAGCCUAGUGACUGGAGUCCGGGAAUGACACCCUGGGCCGGGGUUGCGUUUCUUCACGCUCUUGGUCCCUGCCUGCCCCUGUGGUAGGUUCGGAUGAGGAGCCUGCUUACUGAGUGGGCAAGACCCUGUCUGUCACACAGGCGGGCUUCCGGGAUUGGGCUCUCCGGGUCAGAGGGUGCAAAGGAAGAGGGUUCUGCUGCACCCUCUCCUUUGUCAAGGCAUCCUCUCUUUUGUUCCUCAGCCACCCUGUGCCACCAACACUGUUAAGCACGCUUGCCCCGGAACCAAGACAGGUUAAGCGUUGUUCGAGAAUGCCUGGCUGUACAGGCUUGAGAAGAAGGCAUUUCACCCUGCCUUAGGCUAGACAUGGCCCUCUGUUCUCAGGACUCCACCACCCCUGAACCGUCUCCCUGCGUCUGUCUGCAGAGAAUGGAUUGCCUGGUGUGGUGUGUGGGCUAGGUUAAGGUCAGUCCAGGAGUCCUGGCCCCUGAGAGCUUGGAGGACAUGCCCCAGAGCAACAGGGCAUAGGGCAAAGGCCCUAGCAUGAAGCCAGAGAAGCCUGUCAUCUCCUAGCCUGGACACCCAGGCUGCAGGUUCUCCUCUCUCAAACGCAGAUGAAGUAUUGCUAAUUCGGUCCAAAUCUCUUCCUAGACUCUUCACCCCUUGACCUUAGAAUGGUUUUAAUAGCCUGGAGCGUAAAUGUAUAACCAAUGAUAACACUGAGCUUCAGACUUGGGGCUGGCAGACCAGAAAUAUUUAGGCUGUUGGCUGUCUUCCUUCCUUCACUAUGAUCCUUAGAACUGAUGCUCAGAACCGAAUCAAUGGAGUAAAAGCCAGCCACCCUGCCUGAGUGGAUAAAGCCAGAGCCGCUCCCAGCCCGUUUCCCUGUAGAGACCAGCAGGGAGACAUCUGAAAUUCAGUGUGGUGGAGACAUCGUUGGUGACACUGCCAGAGGCUUCUGGCCCCCACUAGUCUGCCCUGCCCUGCCCUUUGUACGGCCCGGGUAGGCCGAGGGCUAGAGGGAGAAACCGAGCAGUUUGGAGAGCUGGGGAGAGGGGCCUGGAGCACUGUGCUGCAGCUCCGUUUUGUUUGACCUGCAUUAUGAAUAUGCACAAACUGCUCAACUGGCGGAGUCUGCCACCCACUGCACAGAUGGAUUGCGCAGAUUUCACUCUAAUUUCAAAGACACAAACUGCCUCUUAAAUUUAGGCAAUUAUCCGCUACAGUUAGGUGCGAGGGUGACUUUUAGAAUUUGCUUCCCUUUCGGGAAAUAAAAAUCCAACAGCUAGCUUGUGAGAGAGGAGAGGGGUCGGAACGUUGACCCAGUCAGAUUUGGAGAAGGCCCUUAUCUUUUCUUAAAGAUAAGACCUACUGUGGGGUGCAAACUGGCCUCAAACUCAAAAGCCCCUGCCUCUGCUUCCCAAGUGCUAGGAUCACAGGUGUUUGACAGCAUGUCGAUGCUUGGUAGAAUCUGAGGUACCAGCUGGCCCCCCCUUUUGUAGAAGCCGAUGGUAUCUCUACAAGGAGAGCUCCAGUCCCUGGCAUGGCCUCAUGGCUCUUUUGGUCUUCUCUUCCCCACCUGUGGACUAAUCCAGAAACACCUGGGGGCUGGGGAGACGAUGCCUCAUAGAACAGAGGUCACAGCUACCUUUUCUUGGUGUCAUCUCUGGCCUCGCUCCCAACUCACAGCCCCUGUGUUCUGUUUGCACCCCUAUCGCCCCAGGAUUCUCUACCUCAGAUGCACAAAAAGGUGUGGCCAGGACCAGUCGACACUGUGCGCUGCCUUCUGCCUCCUGACCAGUCUGUGUGACACAGUGGGGGCGAUUCUGGCCAGACAGCUCACGAUCCAGGUGUUCACUGGAGCCUACCUAGCAGUUGUGGACUUUGUGAACUUCAUGUCCGUCCUCUUCCCAGUCUGUGGUUCCAAAUCCAAGUUGAAGUCUGGUCGGGGCAGCAGGGAGAGGAGGAGAAGAGGGCAUCUGAGAGCCAGUGUGUUUGCCCUGGCUCUGCCGCUGUGCCUGGGUCCAGGCUGGGCAAUCUGGGCUGCUGUCCCCAAGACUUCCGCCCCAGUCCGAGGGCCACAGCGGAGGCUGCUGGGAAGCCUGCUGCAGGAAAACCCGGAAGUCUUCGGCUACCUGCUGGGUGGCAUCGCUGCCUUUGGCUCCUGGGCAUCCCGGAUCCCUCCAUUCUCCAACAUCUGCCGGGGGAAGUCAUUCUCCUACAUCCACCUGUGGACUCGGUUCCUGUCAGCUCUGGCUUGCCUCCUCUACGCCUCAGCCAUUGUGGCCCAUGACCGGCAACCUGAGUACCUCCUCCAGGCCACACCCUGGUUCCUGAUUUCCCUGGGCAGAGCUGCGCUGGACCUCGCUAUCAUCUUUCUGUCCUGUGUGGCGAAGAGCAAGAUGAGACGAGUCUUUGGAUUUUCUCCCGAGGUCAGAGAGGCCUCCGACAUGCAAGCCCUUUUGACCUGCGCAGAGAAAGAUGACAGCCAGGAGGCCGGGACUGAAGACAAGAACUCAGAUUGGGUGCCUCUCACCAGCCUGCCACACUGCAAGCCCCUGGGGACAAUGACAGCCAUCAGCCGCUACAUGGAGCUAACCAUUGAGCCUGUACAGCAGGCAGGCUGUAGUGCCACCAGGCUACCCGGUGAUGGACAGAUGAGUACGGAAGAUGCCUCCCUGCAGGAGCCACCCUCAUACCCCCCCAUUCAGGUCAUCCAGGCCAGAGUGUCUUCCGGCAGCUCCUCUGAGGUCUCCUCCAUCAACUCCGACCUGGAGCAGAAGUAUUGGGAAGCCCUAAACUCGGAGCAGUGGGACCCCGAAGAUGUCAACUUGGAAAGGAACAAGGACAGCGUGGAGCUCCUUAGAUCACAGAAGCACAGGGGCUCUUUGAGCCCGGUGGACUUGACCUCUGACGACUGACAUCAUUAGGAGGCAGUUCCUCAGCUCAGAACUCAAGGUUAGGCAUCUGCCAGUGACUAGAUGGGGACCAACCUACAGUGCCUCCCACAGCAGAAAUGGAAGCUGCUGCAGACGCUUCCCAAGUAAGGAACGUGGAACAGUCACUUAGCUUGGCUAGUCUACCCCAUGACUCAGAAUGGAGCUAAGGCACAUGCCAAGUUUCCUCUGGUGAUGAGAAAUUUACACAUGAAUCCUGUUGGUAAGCUUACUCCCAAACGACAUGGGAUCUAUUGCCAUGAGAUUCCAGCAGAAAUAUUGUUUGCUAAAUAACAGGAUCGAACUCACCAAGAGUGAGUUCCAAGAUUUGGAUCUCAACACAAUGCAUUCUUCGAGAAUCAGCUAAGGCCAGAUGAAGGAGUGGGCCCACCAGCGAGGGGACCUGGGCACACACACAGGAACUGGCCUCUGCUGUCCAGUCGUUAGCAUAGCUGCCACACGUUACAUGGGACUGCCUGGUCACCCAAAUAUUUGGAGGAUCACUGUCAGGGCAAGGGCUACCUGAUCUUGGUGACAGGGUUCCCUCCAGCUUGGCAGAGUCUGUGCUGGGGCUGGGUUUGCACGUUAUGGGGGCCUUCUGUGCAUUAGGGGUAACUGCAGGCAUGCAGUUUCAAGUAUGGCUGUUUGAGGGUGAUUUUGAUACUGUGGCCGUGAGUGAGGGGAAGAAUGAAGGGAAUGGGCAGGAGCAAACCUGCGUGAAUAAAUUUUGGUUGAGUGGA